GGCUCUUGACCAAAUUCAACCGGUCAGCACGAGCCAGUCCCCUCGAGGUUUCCUCCAGUUUCCACACGGAAGCAGCUCGUUAGCUUGAAGCUCCAGCAGAGCUGAAGCUGCUGCUGCUGCUGCGGACGGAGCGUAAAGUAAAGCGAGAAAACGGAACAGCUGUCCGGGUACAUAGAGCCAGAGAGGGCCCGUGUCACCGUCCGAUUCCGACCGCGGCUCUGCAACCAAGUCUGGGGGAUUUGCUGUAGAAAGGUGUCGGUGUGUUAGCUCCGGUGACAAAAGGCAUGUUUGGUGCUAGAAAGAAAUUUGUAGAGUUCGUCGAGGUGGUCGAUAACGACUUCUCUGAUGAAAGCAUGUACUACAAUCAGCCGUCGAUGUUCCCACAUCGAUCGGACAAAGAUAUGCUCUCCUCCCCCUCACCAUCGUCGUCGGGUCAGCUGUCGCAGCUCGGUGCAAGUCUGUAUGGUCCACAAAGUGAGUUUGUUUCAAAUACAGACAAUCACCACAGUUUUCCCAUGUCACAAACCUGGAGUGGUGCACUGGGCUUUUCAGUCAGGGGCAUGGGGAACAGCACACCUCAGUUAAACCGAAAUCUCACACAAGGCACGCAGCUACCAAGUCAUAUCACUCCCACAACAGGAGUCUCCACCAUGUCCCUCCACACCCCUCCGUCACCAAGCAGGGGGACGUUGCCAAUGAACACGAGGAACAUGCUGAACCACUCUCAGGUCAGUCAAAGCAUUGGGAUGAGCGGCAGGACCAAUAGCAUGGGCAGCUCGGGGCUGGGCAGCCCCAACCGCAGCUCACCCAGCAUCAUCUGUAUGCCCAAACAGCAGCCAGCACGUCAGCCCUUCACCAUAAACAGCAUGUCAGGAUUCGGUAUGAACCGCAACCAGGGUUUUGGGAUGAACAACUCGUUAUCAAGCAACAUCUUCAAUGGCACAGAUGGGAGUGAAAAUCUAACAGGACUGGAUCUGUCAGACUUCCCUGCGUUAGCAGACAGGAGUCGAAGAGAAGGGACUGGAAACCCAACACCGGUGCUCAACCCUCUGGCUGGGAGGGCUCCCUAUGUUGGCAUGGUGACAAAGCCAUCGACAGAACAGACACAGGAUUUCUCCAUCCACAACGAGGACUUCCCUGCACUGCCUGGCCCGAACUACAAGGACCCCACGUUGAACAAUGACGACAGCAAAACUAACUUGAACUCCACAAGCAAGAGCACAUCCAAUGCAGAUGGGCCCAAGUUCCCCGGAGACAAGACGACCUCAGCACAGAACAACAACCAGAAGAAAGGAAUCCAGGUGUUGCCCGAUGGUCGGGUGACGAACAUUCCCUCAGGAAUGGUGACAGACCAAUUCGGCAUGAUCGGCCUGUUGACGUUUAUCCGGGCGGCAGAGACUGAUCCUGGGAUGGUCCAUCUGGCGCUGGGGAGCGACCUCACGACACUGGGACUCAACUUAAACUCACCAGAAAACUUAUACCCCAAGUUCGCCUCUCCGUGGGCCUCAGCACCUUGUCGACCUCAAGACAUCGACUUCCAUGUUCCCUCUGAGUAUUUAACCAAUAUCCACAUAAGGGACAAGUUGGCUGCGAUCAAACUGGCUCGAUAUGGCGAAGACCUGUUGUUCUACCUGUACUACAUGAACGGUGGAGACCUGCUACAGCUUUUGGCAGCAGUAGAGCUCUUCAACCGGGACUGGAGGUACCACAAAGAAGAGCGGGUUUGGAUAACGAGGGCGCCCGGCAUGGAGCCUACACUGAAGACCAACAACUAUGAGAGGGGCACCUACUACUUUUUUGAUUGUCUUAACUGGAGAAAAGUAGCCAAGGAGUUUCAUCUGGAGUACGAGAAGCUGGAAGAGAGGCCUCACGUGCCAACAACGUUCAACUACAACCCAGCCCAGCAGGCCUUCUAAGGCCCGACCAGUCCAAAGGCCGCAGCUGCUCCCGUGCACAACGAUGCAGGGGGGGGCGCUGUGGUUCUCACAGCUUGGUUUUUAUUCCUCGAGGAUUUGGCUAAAUGACUGCGGGGGUCAUCGCCACCAUCAAAACUGCCCUGCCUUUCCAAAAUUUACAUGCUGCCCAAAACACCAACACUUGUUCUGUUUUUAUUCUUUAUGUUCAUCCUGUUGUUUUUUUUGUCUUGUUUCGAGCAGGGUCUGUGUUAUGUUUACGUCUCUGAAUCUGAAGCCUGUUUUUCUCCCGGAGAGGAGGACUGACCUUGUGGCACAGGACAGUGACAGAACAAGGGUUAACGCCUCAUAUUUACAGCAAGUGUUAAGAACAGAGAAAAGAGCGGGGAAAGCAAAGUUAACUUCGUCAGACUCAAGUGAAAGGGUGAAAGAAAUGCAAUGUUUAUUGUUGCACUAUAUUUAGUAAUAAAAGAACACAAAAUUUGUUUGUGCUUUUUUAUGUGAACACUCCCUCUUUUUUCCUUUCUACAUUUCUUUGUUUUGGCUCAAGGGGGGGUGGGGUGGGUCAUGCAACUUUUCCACAUGCAUCACUUUUCAUUUCACCGUUUCUCUUUUUCUUCCUUCCAUUAACUCUGAUUUCUUUAACCUCCGUUUCUGCAACUCCAAUUUGUUUCCGUCUCACACUCUGUCCGUCUCUCUCUCUCUCUCUCUCUCUGAGAGUUCUGUGCCAGUUGAACUUGGACACAAAUCUGGGAGAAGACUUUGGCGUCUGCGAAACGUGGACGAAACCUCGCAGAAGCUAAAUGGCGACACGUCGUUGCUCCGGAGCAAACAAAACACUUUCCAGUCUUUGUUACAAUUUUGUAAGAAAUGUGUACAUUUUUUGUUUCUUUGCAUCACAUAAAUUAGUAUAUGUAUGUACGAAUGUGUAUAUAUGAUUGCUAUAUAUAUAUAUAUGUAUGUAUAUAUAUAUAUAUGACAUCUAUUUUGGAAGAAAUUUUGCCCUGCCUUGUACCUCGUUUUUAUGAGGUGAGCAUGGAUGCAAUAUGUGGACGCAACAGGACAUUUCUGGAUCUGCUGGACAGGGUGUCACAUGGCACCGUGGGCACUUACAACAAAAAAAGAUACAAAAUUUAAAUGUCAUUCAAGGAAAGGCCUGAUUCUCACCAAAAAAAACAAACAAGAAAAAUAAACAUUGAUCAAGUCCAAAGCAAAAAAAAAGAAGGGAUGUAUUUGGAUUAAAGCUGUUUGAGCAGCGGUGAACAGCAGCAUUUCAUAAGAAACGGGGAAAAAACGUCAAUUUAAGGAGAUAAAAAAAAAAAAUCAGACCAAUCUUGUAUUUUCUGAAGUGAAAAGCUUCUUUUCUUUGUAUUAAAGCAGAAAAGGCUUUCUUGAA